CGCUUCCUUCCCCCCCACCGAGAACCCGCCAUUUUGAAAACCUUGUUGAUUCCGGCCGCGGGGAGAGUGUGAGCGCGAGACGUGGAGCGCGCGUCUGUCCCCGCCCCCAUCCCGGUAAUUGUGAACUGUCGCCUCCAGCCGCCGCCCACACGGGCGAAAGGAGCCGGACCGCGCUGGGCUGCGCCGAGCCGAGGUAGGUGAAUCGCGGCCCCGAGCCACCCACCAUGUCUUCCUCAAAAGAUGAUACAAUGUCUGCUGAACAGACAGAUGAGAGAGAACCUGAAACUGAAAACAAAGUUGAGGAGAGUGAUGAGGAAGAGGAGGAGGAGGAGGAAGAAGAAAAAGAAAAGAGUCUCAUUGUUGAAGGGAAGAGAGAGAAGAAAAAAGUAGAGAGAUUGACCAUGCAGGUAUCCUCGUUACAAAGGGAACCUUUUACAAUUGCACCAGGAAAGGGACAAAAACUUUGCGAAAUUGAAAGGAUACAGUUUUUUUUGAGUAAGAAGAAAACAGAUGAACUCAGAAAUCUACACAAACUUCUUUACAACAGGCCAGGCACAGUUGCCUCAUUAAAGAAGAAUGUGGGUCAGUUCAGCGGGUUUCCAUUUGAAAAAGGAAGUGAUCAAUAUAAAAAAAAGGAAGAAAUGCUAAAAAAAUUCAGGAAUGCCAUGUUGAAAAGUAUCUGUGAGGUUCUUGAUUUGGAAAGAUCGGGAGUUAAUAAUGAACUGGUUACCAGAAUCUUAAACUUCUUAAUGCAUCCAAAACCUUCAGGCAAGCCAUUGCCAAAGUCCAAAAAAACACCCAGUAAAGGCGGCAAAAAAGAACGCAGUAGCUCAGGAACUGCACGAAAAGUAAAACGCACCAAAUGUCCUGAGAUUUUGUCGGAUGAAUCUAGUAGUGAGGAGGAGGAUGAAAAGAAAGAGAAGGCCGAAUCUUCUGAAGAAGAUAAAGAGAGUGAAGAGGAGCAACCAAAGAAAGCAUCUAAAAAAGAAAAAGCUAAGCAAAAGAUGACUUCGAAAAACAAGAAAGCUGUGAAAAGUGCUAAUAUCAAGAAAGCAGAUAGUAGCACUACAAAGAAGAAUCAGAACAGUUCGAAAAAAGAUUUAGAAAGUGAGUCUGAGGAUAGUUCAGAUGAUGAACCUUUAAUUAAAAAGUUGAAGAAACCACCUACAGAUGAAGAUCUUAAGGAAACUGUCAAGAAGUUAUUGGCCAAUGCAAAUUUGGAGGAAGUAACCAUGAAACAGAUUUGCAAAGAGGUAUAUGAAAGUUAUCCCAGUUAUGACUUGUCUGAAAGGAAAGAUUUCAUCAAAAACACAGUUAAAGAGUUGAUUUCAUGAUCUAAUUUGACUGGAGGAAAUGAAAACUGCUGACUUACGUUCCCAUGGAUUUGAAGAUGAUAGACACCAGCAAAAAGAAUGUUUGAGAUAUAUUAUGUUUAGUCAGUGCUGAUUCUGCGGACCGAGUAUCAGUGUAAAUUGCUUUGUGUACCUUUUUAAUAAUUGCAUUUGAUGCAGGUUUUAGUUAACUUGCUUAAUUUUUUUUUUGCAUGGCAAUAAAUGUUCCCUUUUUAUAGCUUUGUACAUUUGAAUUGCUUUGUAGUAGUAGAUUAAGACGACAUAGGUUUUAAUGUGCUUUAAUAGCUUACUUUUUUUUAAGAAUCAAGUAGGAUAAAAGUUGUCUAAGUGUUUGCACAUAUACAUGCAGAGUGUCUGGAAUAUUGCAGUAUUGGGUUAUACAAAUAUUGAAUACAUAUUCUGAAAAUCACUUAAGCUACUGUUUAUACUCUGAUUUACAUGCUAUAAAUUCAGAAUAUUCAAUCUACAUUACUGUCUUGCAUGUGUAUGCACUGAGAACCAUCAAAGCAUGGUAACUGAUUGGCAGAUAUUAUUUUUGUACUUUUAAAGACUCUGUAUAUAAAGUUAUUGCAGAUUUCUGUUGUGCAAAUCAGUUUUUUAAAUCUCUAGUUACCUUAGGACUUAUGACAUUUCAGUGUUCAGCAGAGAUGCUGGGAUGAAAAAUGGGAAGCUCCAUAAAAGUUUAUACAGAAGAGUUGAAGUUUUACUGUUUGUCCAAUCUUGCCUUGUAAGGAAGAUUUACCUGUAAUUUUAUACUUAAGCUUUUCAGUGUUUAACUUUAUAUAAAAGGCUACAGCUGUAUUUGUUCCAAUGGCUUGACCUAAUAUAUUAAUAAAGUUCAAAGUGAAGGCUGUAGGGAGG